CUCGGAUCGUCUCAGUCACACACUCGCCCGAACCGCCCAGCGCACCAAACAACAUCCUUCACUCACUCACGCCCCUCCCAUCGAUUCUCGCCCGAACCAUGUCCUCAAGCAACGCACCGCCACCAUCUUCAGCAGCAGCGGCGGGCCUCUCGAGUGCCGCCAUGAGCUCGUCGGGCGCCUCGAUGACGCCCUGGAAGCUGCCCGACAGCAGUUGUCUGACGGCCGAUUUGUUGACGGCAUUGGUGUGGCAUGCGUUCCGGAUGGCGAAUAUGGACGACUCCUUCAUGAGGGGGUCCUUCUCGUCAGACAGGGUGUGGUUCAGCAGCACACGAAGACCUGUGGGACAACGCACCGAGGAGACAGAGUGGGUGUCUCUCUCCCUCUGUGUGUGUGUGUGGAAGCGUGUGGCUGACCGACCGUCGAUCUCUCUGCAUGUGUCCUGCAUCCGGUGGUCGUCGUGCAGAAGGUUGGCCACCACACGAAUGAGGUCGCGGCAGGACACCUCCUCACUGACCUCGUCCCACACCCUCUCUACCACAUCUCUAUCGUCACCCUCAGCCCCACCCCCCUCCCUCUCCCUCUCCCUCUUGCGCCUGUCCUUCCGCGACACCAUCGCCCGCAGCCGCAACGAGUGGUGGCAGUCGAGAAAUGAGACGAUCGACCGAAUGAGGCCAUCGGCAACUGAGUGCCGGUGGUGGUGGUGGUCGCCGUCGUCAGCUGAUGCCAGCCACGCGUGUGAGGAUGUGAGGAGGAUGGCUGUGCGGGCAAGGGGGCGCAGGCAGCCGGAGAGGCUGCAGGCAUCCUCCUCAGCUGCCGGUGCUGCUGGAGGGCUGGUGUCGGUGUCGGGAGGGAAGGGGAGGAAAGGGCGGCGAUGGGCUGGCCGGCAGACGUCUGUGAGGGCUCUGGCGAUGAGGCUGAACAGAAACGCCAUAAGCGAUCCGUCGGCCACCAUGGUCUGACAAUGCAUCCAACACACACACAUACAUUCACUUGCGGCAUCUCUCCCUGCCCCAUGAGCACAGGUACCUACCUGCAGCAGGGUCGUCCCGCCACCGCCGUCGUCAUUUCUCUCCCGCCAUUCCUCCUCGACGAAAGCUUCGAGCAUCGCCAGCAGGUAUGCCGCCAUGUCCCUCUGUGAGGCGAUGAGGUGCUUGAGCCGCUCCAUGAUCCACCGGGCACGCACAGGGUGGCUGCGGAAGCGAUCCAUCGACGAGCUCGUGCCGCCGCUGCUGUUGGGAGUGUGGGGCUGGGGAGAGAGUGGCGGUGGGUCCAGCUGCCGCAGGACGAUCAGCUGCAACUCGUCGUCGUCUAAUCUGCAAGCCAAAAGUGACAGAGUCCAUCCAUCCAUCAUGCCAGCAAGGGCGUGCUUUGUGUCUGCCAGCAUCACAGCCUACCUACCUCAUGACGCAUCGAAACAAGCUCUCAAAAGCCCCAGGCUGCCGCCACCACGCGUGGCUGAAUAUCGACACCCACUCAUCGCUGCCCCCCUGCCCCUGCCCCUCCUCGGCAGCCGCAUGGUGCACGGCGGCCGAGUACAUCAGGUAGAGCACCUGGGUGCCCUCCUCCGCCGCCAGAGCCGCCCGCCGCUCGGCACUCUGGCAGCUGAUGUUGUGGAGCAGCAUGAACAUGUGAGACGGACUGCCGGCGAUGAGGGCGAGCUUGACCGAUCGCCAUGGGUACACCAGCUUCCACAGAUGGCUCUGAAGCAUUUUUGAUUGGUCAGGGUGUGUGUGUGUGUGUCAGUGUGUGCCUGUGUGCCUGCCUCCCUCCCUCCCUGCCGCCGUUUCUCUCUCACCUGAUUGAUGUCAUUUGCAGUGACCAAGUUGAUGAAGAAGGUGAUCAGAGAGCGCUGCACCUUUGGCAUCAGACUGUCGUCCGACCUCCCCGCUUGGACAUGUUGCCAGAAUGCGAGUACGGCCACCAGCGUGUCGAGGCUGUCCACCAGCAUCUCAGCCAAACCCGCCUCACGCAGGCACCUCUGCCGACAAGACACACCGACCGACACAAAGGGAACACACACACACACAUUCAUUUCUUGCCUUCCUGAACGCUCAUGCCCUUACCUGUGACUCAGGGCGUCCCGCACAAAGGCUCCUUCCCACCCGCAGCACUCCGUCGAUGACGCCCACGUGAGUGACCAGUGACUGCCGGACCUCCGUCAACAGCUCAUCUGACGGCGGCUGCUGCUGCUCAAGCCGCGAUUCGUCGGCAACAUGCGCCGCCUCCCGAAUGUGCGUGUGAAAGAGCCUGCAGAGGGCGCCUGCAUCCUCAGCGGACAGAUCUCUGACGUCAUCGGCGCGCGCUGGCGAUAGUCUCUGCACAUGGACACACACAUCAACACAAGGAAGGGACAGAGGUGUUACUCCGCCGCGCCGUUCUCACUUUUAUGAAGCCAUUGAGGCGGAUGAGGGUCUGGGAGCCUCCAGCAUCCUCGAGGGAAUCGAACAAGACGGCAAGAUCUGCCAUCUUCCCUCGCCCGCAGCAGCGGUUUCAUGCAGCUCCCUAGCCGGACGGCUCAGCUCGCC